AUGGCAACUCAGACUGAUCCGUGGCAGGUCUUCGGAGAUGUUUCCCAUGGGCCGAAUUAUCGUGCUGUGGGAUGGGCUGGUGCUGUGGUGCUUAUGUUGAAAACUCAAAUUGGAUUGGGGGUGCUUGGGAUCCCGCUUGAUACGAUUGGCAUGGUUCCUGGAGUUGUCUGUCUUCUUGCUCUUGCUGUUAUGACAACUUGGUCUGAUUAUAUUGUUGGUGUUUUCAAGAUCAAUCAUCCAGAGGUGUACGGUAUUGAUGAUGUUGGAGGUUUGAUUGCUGGUCGAGCUGGCUAUAUCAUUAUGGGUACCGUGUUCUGCUUGUUCUGGAUCUUCGUUGCUGGGUCGGCAAUGGUCAGCAUCUCAAUCGCUCUAAACGCUUUAUCGCUCCAUGGAGCUUGUACGGCCAUCUUCGUUGCUGUUGCAGCAACCAUCGGCUUCCUCGUUUCGAGCAUUCAGACUCUCCACAAGAUUUCUUGGAUUGCCUGGGUCGGUGUUGUUGGCAUCAUCUCCUCAAUCCUCGUCCUCACAAUUGCUGUUGGUCUGCAAGACCGUCCUUCCGAUGCACCACUGACGGGAAUUUUCGUCUCCGACUACAAGAUCACGGCCAAUCCAUCUCCAGCCAGCGCCUUCCAGGCCCUUUCGACGCUAGUGUUUGCUUUUGCUGGCACGCCCGCAUUCUUUUCCAUAGUCUCCGAGAUGCGUGAGCCACGCCAAUAUCGGCGAUCAAUGUUCAUCUGCCAAGGCAUCGUGACAUCUCUCUACCUUGCUAUCGGCAUCGUGGUAUACUACUUCUGCGGGUCCUACGUCGCUUCGCCAGCUCUUGGCUCGGCCGGACAACUGUUCAAGAGGAUCUGCUAUGGUCUUGCUCUUCCAGGUUUGCUUGCGUCCAUGAUCUUACUGAGUCACGUCCCGGCCAAGUACAUUUUCAUCCGAGUACUAAAGGGCACCAGGCAUCUGAGCAGCAACACUCCUACUCAUUGGAUCGUAUGGUUGUCCUGUACUGCUGGAAUCGCACUGAUCUCUUACAUCUUGGCCGAAGCUAUUCCGGUCUUUGGAGAGCUGGUGUCCUUCGCCGGGGCUGCAUUUGGAACGUUGCUCUGCCUUCAGCCAAUGGGUGCUAUGUGGCUUUAUGACAACUGGGGCAGGUCUGAUCGUGGCAUCAAGUGGAAGUUGAUGGUCGCUUGGUCGAUUUUCAUCAUCGUUGGAGGUACUUUUUUGACAAUUGCAGGCACGUACGGAUCCAUUGUCGGCAUCAUCGAUGCGCUUGAUGCAGGUUCAAAGACGAGCCCGUGGUCUUGCGCUGAUAACUCGAAUUCGAGCUAG